GAGGCUGGAGCUGGGUAGACGCCGGAUUCCAAUUUGACGACUUCUUUCUGGUUCCGAAUCCAAUUUCUCUGCUCGUGGAAAAUUUAGCUUAGAAGAAGGAGAUGGGUACGGUGGAACCCAGUUUGGAAGAAUUUUUUGAGCAAAAGAAGCGAAUCAGGAACCCUCUUGUUCCAGUCGGUGCUCUUAUGACUGCAGGGGUGCUUACUGCUGGAUUAAUCAGUUUUAGGUGAGGCAAUUCCCAUUUGGGUCAGAUGUUAACGAGAGCUAGGGUGGUUGUUCAGGCGGCUACAGUUGCAUUUAUGGUUGGCACAGCAUGCUACUACAGUGGAAAUCCCUGGAAAUCGGGUUAGAUUCUAUAACUUGCUUCCAGUUUUUCAAAGUUUGAUGUAGUUCUUACCUGAAAAGCAUACCACAAAUAGGGGAACAAUAUUCCUCGUUGGAAAACUUUUUUCCUGCAACCAAACAAAUUUUUAGAUUAAUU